AUGGGGUUCUUAAUGGCUUUGCUUCGUUGCGUGCGUCAAUCUUCAUCAUCUCGAAAACCAUCGGAUGUUGAAGGUGAUUCAUAUCGUGAUGCGGCACAAAAAGAUCUCUCAACAUCCUUUGAUGAACAUCGGUUGAGUUUGAAAAAUCUAUUGGAAAGAUAUUUCGAAUCUGGAAUUGAUUUGGAAUUGCCUAAAAAAUCAAUUGGAUUGGGAAAAAUACGAGCAGCCGAGAAAUUGAAGGUGAGUUAACUAUUUUGUUGAAAAAUUAAAAUCUUACGAAAAAUCAAAUCUUCAGUCUGAUGGACGAAACGCACUUUCUCCACCAAAAAUAAUCUCAAAUUGGCAAUUAUUUUUGCGCCAAUUUCAAAAUCUUCUAUGGCUUUUGAUGUUCGGUGCAGCUGCUCUUUGUUUUCUUACCUACGCUUAUGAUCCAACUGAUAUGCUCAAUUUAUAUGUUGGAAUAUUUAUUGUUGCAAUCGUAUUUUUGAUGUGUAUUGUAUCAUUUUUCGAAGAAAAGAAAGGAAUUGAAGUGGUUCGAGCAUUCCAGAAUUUGAUGCCAACAAGUUGUAAUGUAAUUCGAGAUGGAAAAGAGAUUGUUAUAAAUCCAGAAGAAUUAGUGGUUGGGGAUAUUGUUGUUGUUCGAAGUGGAUGCAAAGUUCCAGCUGAUAUUCGAGUUAUUGCUUGUACUGAUUUCUUUUUGGAAACAAGUUCUAUCACUGGAGAAGCUGAACCAUUGGAAUUCAAUGCGAAAGUUGCAGAUGUAAGUUAUUUGGAAAAUUUAUACAUCCCAUUUUUCAAAUUCUGAUAAUUUCAGUCGAAAACUUCGAUUUUCGAAUCUUACAAUAUUGCAUUCAAUGGUUCAUUUUGUGUUGAUGGAGAAGGAUACGGUAUUGUUAUCAGAACCGGAGAACAAACAGUUAUCGGUCAGAUUGCAUCUUUAACACUCGGACAAUCUGAUAAAAAAUGUCAAUUCCAAACUGAAAUCGAAAGAUUUGUUAGAAUAAUUACUGUAAUGGCAAUUACAAUGGCAACAAUUAUUUUUGGAAUUGGAAUUAUUGUUUCGGGAGGAAAUGAUAUCAUUCGAUUAUUUGUAACUGGUUUUUUGAUGGUUAUCAUUGCAAAUGUUCCUCAAGGAUUACCAACUACAGUAACAACUGAAUUGACAAUUAUUGCAAGAAGAAUGGCAAAGAAAAAUGUAUUCUUGAAAAAAUUGGAGAAAAUUGACAGUGUUGGUGCGACAACUGUUAUUGCUUCAGAUAAAACUGGAACUUUGACCAAAAAUUGUAUGACUGUUACUGAUUUAUGGUUCAAUAACACAUACAACAGCGGUAAGUAAACUAUUUUGAGUUUUGAAAGGGUUUUAAACAACUUUCUUUAUUUAGCUCGCCCAGAAAAUCAAGGAAGAACAACGAAAAAACGAAACUUGAAUGCUGCAAGCUCAGUUGAUUGGUAUGAUUCACCACUUUCGGAUAUAUUGAAUGUCAUUUGUGUUUGUAAUAAGGCUCGAAUCGAAAAUAAUAUGACAACAAAAAUUCUUCCAAAAAGAGUGUAAGUAUUCCCUAAAUCUCUUAUUCUUAAAAAUAUUUUGAACUUCAGUGAUUCUGAGUUUGAUUUAUCUGCAAUGCAAUCAGCUCCAAUGAAAGAAAUGUUGAUAUCUGGAAAUCCUUCUGAAGUAGCAAUGUUAAAAUACGCGGCUGCAAUGGCAAAUGUUCCCGAAAUUCGUGAUAAUUUUCAAACAAUUUUCGAAAUUCCAUUUAAUUCGGUCAGAAAGUUUCAUUUGGUUUUGACAGUCAAAAAAUCGAUUUGGAAGAAAAUGGAUGAUUAUAAAAAACUGAAUGAGGAAAUCGAAUUUGUAGUGAUGGUAAAAGGUGCUCCCGAAGUUAUUAUAACUCAUUGUUCAUCGAUUAAUCAAGAAGGAUUCAAAAAAGAAUUAAAUGAGGCGAGAAUGGAAGAAUUCAAUGCAGCCUAUGAAACAUUUGGAGAUGAAGGAUGUCGUGUUAUUGGAUUUGCUGUCAAAAAAUUCCGAGCUAACGCAAACACAAUAUUUUCAUUAAAAUCAGAAACAGUUCCAUUGGAUGAUUGGGAAUUUCUUGGAAUGUCAGCUAUUAUGGAUCCACCAAGAGAUGAUACCAAAAAAGCAAUUCAAGCAUGUAAAGCUGCUGGAAUUAAAGUAUAUAUGGUAACUGGAGAUCAUAAAUCAACAGCUACUGCAAUUGCAAAACAAAUUGGAAUGAUUGAUACGGAAGAAGUGACUAAUUUUGAUCAUAAUCGACAAGUUAUUCGACAAAUGAGUUCAACUGAUUGGGCUGUGAUAACAGGUCCCGAAUUACCUGGAUUGAAUCAAAAACAAUGGGAUGCUUUACUCGAACAUCGAUAUAUUGUAUUUGCAAGAACAACACCAGAUCAUAAAUUAUUAAUUGUAACAGAAUGUCAAAAAAGAGGAGAAUGUGUUACUGUAACUGGAGAUGGAGUAAAUGAUGCACCGGCUUUAAAAAAAGCAGAUGUUGGUGUUGCAAUGGGAAUUGCUGGAAGUGAUGUUGCAAAACAAGCUGCUGAUAUUAUUUUACUCGAUGAUAAUUUUUCAUCAAUUGUUGCUGGAAUUGAAGAAGGUCGACUUCUUUUUGAUAAUCUUCGAAAAACAAUUGCAUAUACAAUGACUCAUAUGUGGCCUGAACUUGUUCCAGUUAUGCUUAAUUUCUUCUUUGGUUUUCCAUUAGGAUUGACACCAGUUCAAAUUUUAUCAAUUGAUCUGAUAACUGAUAUUCCACCAGCUGUUUCAUUAGCCUACGAAGGACCAGAAGCUGAUAUAAUGUUACAACCUCCAAGAAAAAGAGAAACGCAUUUAGUCACAAAAGGAUUGAUGACUUAUACAUACAUCUUCAUGUCAGUAUUUAUUUCUGUUGGUGGAAUUAUUUCAUAUCUUCUCACCUAUUCAUUGAAUGGAAUCCCACCACAUGAACUUGCAUUCACUGCAUCACAUUAUUUCAAACCAGGAGCUGAUGAUUUAUUAUUAGCAAAUGGAAAUAUUUUCACCGCUUCACAACAAACAAAUAUUGCUGCUCAAGCUGCAGCAUCUUUCCAUAUUGCAAUUGUUGUUUCACAAGCUUUCCAUUUAUGGAUGUGUCUAACAAGAAGAGUUUCCAUAUUCAGUCAUGGUUUUGCUAAUAUUGUAAGUUGCAUUAAAAAAAACAUUCGUCGAUCAAAAAUAACAAUUUUUAGGUUGCAAUAUUCGCUGUAAUAAUUGAUCUUCUCCUAAUUUGCCUUUUCACAUUUGUUCCUGGUGUUCAAUAUAUUUUCGGAUCUCAACCUCCACCAUGGCAAACUUGGAUUGUUCCAGUUGUCGUCGGAAUUUGGAUGUGGAUUUUCAACGAGGCGAGAAAAUAUGGAAUUCGUAAUUAUCCGAAGAAUGGCUUUAUUCGAUUGAUAAAAUGGUAG